AUGGUAGCUGCUUUCGUCCGCUGCCGGGAUGAUACGGGACACGAGGGGGGUACGUACGCUACACUCAAACCUGCUGAUCGGAUGCAGGUACAGGGUGUAGGAAUGUUUGGGAGUUUACAGCAAAUCACCACCCACAAUUGUCACCAUGGUACAACGGUGAUUGGGCGAUAUGACGUGAAAAAAGACGUGUUGCAUCGUGAUGCAUACAUUAGGCCCAGUCUAGUCAAGAGGCACGGCAAUGACAGACUUUUCAACCGGGACGACCAGAUUGAGAAAAAUGGCGGUGUAGCGGGUGCUAGCGCCGGCCACCUCGAUCACCCGCAUACUGUCAACAAGUACUAA